AGAACUCAUGAUCAUGCAACAUCCUGACAGCCUAAUAUUCCUCUUUGCUUCUUCCUAAAGAUAUUCUUGCUUUAGACAAAACAUUGCCUCCCUGUUCACAUUUUCACUCCAAUUCCAUGCAAUACCUAUAUAUAGAGUAUACAUAAAUGUAUCCUGCAGCAACCUGUCAUCUGAUAUUAUAGCCGUCGAUCGAAAGAAACCAUGUCUAAAUGUUUCAACCUCUUAGCCUUCAUUAUCAGCCUUCUUUUCUUGAAUCUCUUACGAAUUUCAAUAGCUUCAGUUGUUUCCACCGGAGAUUUCAGCAAUGACUUUUUUGUGAUGUGGGCUCCUAGUCAUGUAAACACUUCAGCUGACGGCAGGGAAAGAAGCUUGAAACUUGAUCAAGAAUCUGGGUCUGGUUUUGCAUCAAACCAGAUGUUCUUGUUUGGUCGAAUAGACAUGCAAAUUAAACUAGUACCUGGCAAUUCUGCAGGAACUGUGUUAGCCUAUUAUUUGACAUCAGAUCAGCCUAAUCGAGAUGAGAUAGACAUUGAGUUUCUUGGCAAUGUGAGUGGUCAGCCAUAUAUAGUUCAAACAAAUAUUUAUGCAGAUGGGUUUGACAAUCGAGAAGAGAGAAUUUAUUUAUGGUUUGAUCCAACAGAAGAUUUUCAUACAUAUUCAGUAUUGUGGAAUCUUUAUCAGAUAAUGUUUAUGGUGGAUUCAAUUCCUAUUAGAUUAUAUAGAAACCAUGCAGACAAGGGAGUGGCAUAUCCUAGGUGGCAGCCGAUGAGCAUCAAAGUCAGCCUAUGGAAUGGGGGCAGCUGGGCUACACGUGGAGGUCUCGAGAAAAUCGAUUGGUCCAAGGGUCCCUUCAUAGCUUCAUUCAAGGAUUACAAGAUCGAUGCCUGUGUUUGGCAAGGGAACCCAAGGUUUUGUAGGGCAGAUAGCUCUCUUAAUUGGUGGAACAGACCAAGGUUCAGCACUCUGACCAGGGUCCAGAAGAGAUGGUUCAAAUGGGUUAGGAAAUACCACAUGGUUUAUGACUACUGCCAAGAUAACCAGAGAUUCCAAAACAAUCUUCCCAAGGAAUGCUCCCUUCCUAAGUAUUAAUCCAAAAAAUUGUCUUAGUAUAGCUUUUUGUUUUAAUUUUUUCGAGAAAAAUCAUAUUACAAAAGAUGUAUGUAAAAUUUAUUUAAAAUUAUUAUACAUAAAAUCU